GCAUAGGGAUAAUGUUUCGCGAGUAAUAUUACGACGGGCAAAUGCAGCUCGCGUGGGUUCGCCACCCUUUCUGCAUUUUUUGUAUGUAAUCUAGAAUCAAGAAUAAAAUUGUCGCGAGACGAGGCAGUUAUGAGGAAAAAUGAUAGAACUACGUUAUGUUUUUUAUUGAUACUUGCAUUAUGUACGAGAGUAUAUUCGGCGAACGCAAGGCAUAUAAUUAUCAAGAGAAAUUACAGUGACCAAAGUGUAAGAGGCUAUCUAGCCGAGAGGACUUGCUGGUGGAACGAAGUGUGCAAGGAAGAAUUCCACAGUAUGUUUCGGUGUCGCUGCCCGAGAUGGUCCUAUUGCCGUGCGCCAGGAAGAUAUUAUGACGCCCAUUGUAGCAUGACACGCACAGGCUAUAUAUGGACCCAACCGGAAACAUUGUUAAGUCUUGAAAUCGAUAAGUAAACGAUACUAUGGAGUGCUAGUUCCGCGAAGAAAGACAGGAAAAGUACGAUGGAAAUGUUGAAAAUCAAACAUCUGUUUAAAAUCAAAAUCGGCGCGCGCGCGCGCGCGCGUUCGUUAGAAUUUUACAGAUUUAUUCACCAGUUAUAAAAUAUGGCACGAUUGUUUUAAAGGUAAUUUUCUAAUAACUUUAUUUAAAAAAAGAUAAGAAUGUUGUUCAAAGAAUGAUAUUCAGAAGACAUUUGAAUUUGGAAGAACAAUGUGAUUUAUAUUAGAGCAUCCACGAACUCAUGCUGCCAAGAAUUUGUUAUUGCUAUAUUAUAUAUAGUAAACUCGUUAUCUGA